AUGAAAAUUCCGCAAUGUCUGCUGACGUCACAACCGAGUAAGCUAUAUCGAAGAGGAAGAGAACAGAUCUAGGAAAUUCCGGGCUGAAUAUACGAACAACAGUUCCGAUCGCUCUAUUUCAGGGUCUCACGGAUUCAUCGUCUGUUUGUUUAGUGUGCCUACUGCUCGUCUCAAUGGAGUAAAGCAAACCCUGGUCUUCCCUGUAUCACAUGGCUGUGUAGCUCCACAGUGUUACCACAGCAUCGUCGUGAUGAACAAGCACCCCAACCAGUUCUACACGGUGGAGGUGGGGGACUCGACCUUCACCAUACUCAAACGUUAUCAGAAUCUCAGACCAAUUGGUUCCGGUGCUCAAGGAAUAGUAUGUGCGGCUUGCGACACACAGUCCGGUCACAUGGUGGCCAUCAAGAAGCUGAGCCGGCCCUUCCAGAAUGUCACACACGCUAAGCGUGCAUAUAGGGAAUUUGUGCUCAUGAAAUUGGUCAACCAUAAGAAUAUUAUAGGUUUAUUAAAUGCUUUCACACCACAGAAAUCUUUAGAAGAAUUUCAAGAUGUGUAUCUAGUAAUGGAACUGAUGGAUGCCAAUCUAUGCCAGGUGAUACAGAUGGACCUGGACCAUGAACGCAUGUCUUACCUUCUAUAUCAAAUGUUGUGUGGCAUCAAACAUCUCCAUCUUGCCGGGAUUAUACACAGGGACCUAAAGCCCAGCAAUAUAGUGGUGAAAUCAGAUUGUACGUUAAAGAUAUUGGACUUUGGUCUUGCAAGGACAGCUGGCACUGGGUUCAUGAUGACGCCAUAUGUAGUGACACGGUACUACCGCGCGCCAGAGGUCAUCCUAGGAAUGGGAUACAAGGCAAACGUGGACAUCUGGUCAGUGGGCUGCAUCAUGGCCGAGUUAAUACGAGGGACUGUCAUGUUUCCUGGCAGUGACCACAUCGAUCAGUGGAACAAAAUCAUUGAACAGCUAGGUACUCCAAGUCAAGACUUUAUGAACAGAUUACAAUCAACGGUGAGGAACUAUGUGGAAAAUCGACCUCGGCAUGCUGGGUCAUCCUUCGAGAGACUGUUCCCCGAUGUACUGUUCCCGCCGGACAGUACUGAGCACCCUGGUCUCCGUGCAAGCAUGGCACGAGACCUCCUGUCCAAAAUGCUGGUGAUUGACCCUGAGAGAAGGAUAUCAGUGGAUGAUGCCCUCAUGCAUCCGUACAUUAACGUGUGGUACGAUGAUGGAGAAGUCAAUGCUCCUGCCCCUGAUCCUUAUGACCACUCGGUAGAUGAAAAGGAACAUUCGGUUGAAGAGUGGAAAGUUCGUUUAUUUUCAGGUCUGAUAUACAAUGAAGUAAUGGAAUACGAGAAUAGAGAACGACAGAGAGCUAUGCAAAACCAUACAAGUAAAACACAAGAUGGUGUGCCAAGCAACGACACUGCCCCCAAUGCUGGUGUAGCUGCCAGUGGUUCUGCUACAGUAUAUACCCGCACAUAAGCCCGCCCACGUGUAUGCCCAUCCCCACUUUCAUCCUCAUCCUCUCAAUACAACGCGCCUCACUUACAGGUCAAGGUUUUUAACCUAAAUGAAGGCUUCAGAUUCUCUACAGCAACCUAAAUACCUGUUCAGAGCUAUAUGGUGAGGUGAGUGAGUGACCUAGAACUGAAGUAUUCUGGUGGAUAAAGACAUUUUCAAUGAUAAAUGUUUUUGGAAUAUUUCAUCUAUUCAGCAAAACGCUUUUACAAUCUCCAAGUUCAGACACUGAACAAGUUUGUUAUUUCACUCAUGAAGUUUCUAUGUUCUUUAUACAAUCAACUGUAAAGCAAAUCAAGCAAUAUCUUGGCUAGUCGAGUCUAACAGCAGACUGUUUUAAUACUGAGAUAUUGCCGAUGUGACGUUAAAUAUUAACUCACUCACUGUUUAUAAUACAAUAUAUUUCCCUUUCUUUCUUUGAAGCAAUCUCAAUCCAGGUAGUGUGAAAACUUAUCUGUGAACAGAAUGAAGCUUUUGUUUGGUUGAAAGCUUUGGCGUGUUGUGUGGGGUAGUCAAAACCAUCUCCAUUAAUUGUCCUUCUGACCAUAGGUCAGAUGUCCAGCUGUUGGCCCAUCACUUGAUGUAGUCGGCGGCCAUCAGUUGGACAGAGGAGGUGGUAGGGGGCUUGGAGUGUCAUGUACAUAGUCCCUUGUAUUAUAUAUAGAGGCAUAAUUUAUUGGUGGCGAGUGUACGUGGACACCACCACUACGUCCUGUGUAGAUAGAUGUACCAUACGCCUUUCACCUCCAAAACACAUCGCAAAUUGCUAUUCUCGGAACUCGCAGCCUGCCUACCAGUCUGACGUCUGCUCCUCACACCAAAGGUCAUCUUGAAGCAGACGGACACAGCCACCACAAUGUCCUCCAACAGUCCAGCCAUGGCACCCCUAGAUUGUCCAAGUCUUGAUAUUGUCUGCUACUUCAAAGCUGAUUUUAUGUUAGCCUAUGUUGCAUUUUUGUUAAUCAGUAAGGAAACAAUAUCUUGUAGGUUGGCUUAAUGCAUUGCUACGUUGGCAUUGAGGUAGCCCAUGCCAUGAAUCCAGGAUGUUAGAGAAAUAAUUUAUCAACAGAACAAGAUCAAACAGAACUAUCACAGACUGCCCAACUCCUACAUGAUAGGUUCACCUCUCUACAUGGUAAUUAAAAACGUUUCAUAAGAUUUGUUGAACAGAAACAAUAGGAAAUACUUCAGGGUUAUGUUUCUGACACCCAGAGCAUACAUAUUACUUAUUCAGAUUCAUAUAUUGAAGAUUAUGUCCUUAUAUCAAAUAAUAAUUAUACAGGUUUAAAUUUCUUCAUAUCAUGCCAAGAACUGUCAUGGGUUCAGUGAAGUUCUGUUUGUAAGUUCUUCUUCAAAGAUAUUUGGUUCUGAAGCAGUGACUGUAUCUGUCAUCAUUGAUUCCCGCAGUGAAGGUAGCAUAGUUCAGUAUAUCAUAUCAUCGGAUACCAAGGACCAGGGCCCUGAUUCACAAAGAAAUCUUAGCCCUUGGACAAUUGUAACUCCAUACCCUAACAGAUUUACAAUUGUCAUGGCUCUAAUCUCUCUUUGUGGAACCGGGCCCUUGGUCUUCGUGUUCAUGUUUUAAGCUUGCUGUUGCCAUGGUUACCCAGACAGUUGCAGAAUUUGUCUUCGGUAGGAUUCCCAUGCCUCAGUUUUGAUUUCUUACCAGGUGUAAGUGUUGUCCCACUCCAGCUCGUCAUGAGAACUACUUUUGUUUCAACUUGCAGUGUAGAGUGUUUUGUCUCUUUGUAACAGUAGAUCAUUCAAAUGGGGUAUUUUCAUAUAGAUUUGUACAAUGCAAAUUGACAGAAUACUGAAGCACAUAUUUUGUAUUUCUGUUGUGAAUGAAGACUACCUGUUCCUUAUGCAUUACAUGCUAGCAGGAAUAUUCUGUGUGUAAAAUAUGACAUCACCAUAGCUCCAUAUACUGUCUCAGUGAUUAAAUUCCACCAAAACCUAAACAUACAUGGUGACACCAGAACGCAGAUUCUAAUUUCAAAAUGGCUGCCCCACCUCGAAUUCAAAAUGGCUGCCAAACCUCAAAUUCAAAAUGGCCACUUCAGAAAAACUAGAUAUCUCUGUGUAGUUUGUGUUCAGUUCCCAGUGUCUCAAAGGAUGUUCAUAAUGAGAUUGAGAUUAAAACUGUUUGUAUCAGUCUGUUUCUCUCAGGGUUGAUGAGUUUACCCUUAGAGAGAUGAAUGUAUAUAUAUAGUGGUUUGAUAGAAGGAGUAGAACUGUGGAGUACCAAACUGCUAUGGUAUGCUGUGGUGAACUGUUAAACUUGACGCAGUUGUACAUGUUCCCCUCUAGAAGACAAUAAUGAGUCUCGUGAGUAUCGAUGCUGUUGAUGUCAGCAUCCCUACAAGUGUGUGUUGGAUGUUGAGGCUCAAUAUUGGGAGUCAGUUGAGCAUGAUCUAGUAACAUAUUGAUAAUGCAUUCCAUUAAGUCUCAAAUAUGUUUUGAGAUGUCAGUAUUACAGGCAUUGAUGAAAUAAAAAAAUUCAAAUGCUUGAAGUAAAAAGGGACAAAAUGGCUAAGAAAGUGUUUUGCUGUGAAGUUUCUAUCAAAGGGAGGCAAUUCUGCAAGAAACAACCUUAUCACUUAGGCUAUACAUUCUUUAUUAAAAAUUCAGUUUUACUUGGUUGCUGUUUAACGAAGAUUUUUACUAUUCUCUGAAAUGUAAAGAUUGAAGACAUAUAUGCCUGUCACCUUUGUCAGUAGUUUCAAAAACAUCUCAAAGAUGAUCCUUUCCCCAAACUGGUAACAUUUUCUGAAAAUUUACCAUUUUGCUAUUUAUGAAACAGCUAAUCACUUGAUUAACAAGUUUCACACACUGUUGAACCAAGCAGAACCGCUUGAGCUGGAUUUGCCUCCUAUAUAUUUAGAUGUGAAUUAGACGAACUUACGACAAGAUUGUUAGUUGUAGCAUUGUGAUCUCUAUGUCGGUGUAGUGCUGCGGUGCAUACACGAGCGGUUUUUGUGCAAUUGGGAAGGUUAUGCUGGGGUGUUGAGCAUUCACAAGGAUGUUGCUGAUUGUAUAUAGACACACCCCUUUGUCAUGUAUAGACCAAUGUAUAUUGUUUGUUCAUUGUGUUGUCGGUUGUGUUCGGGGCCUGCUGGGAAAGAUUGUCAAAUUCACUUCUCGUAACGGGUAUUUUCUCCUGGUCUGUGUCUAAUGGUCUCGAUAUGAGGGACUUUAUAUUCAAACAGUCCAUUUUGUCUAGUCAGCAGAUUUUAAAAGUCAAGGAACUAUUUUUCGAAACCUAGUAAUAAUUAUACGGGAAUGCUGUAUCAUGAAACAAACCUGUAUGGGAUAUUUUUUUCGUAAAAUUCAGUGAUUUCUGUAUUUGAUUUAAGGGUUAAUUUUGUUUAGUAUAAUACAGUCUAAACAGUGUUUUCAUCUGUGCAUGCCUUGCAUUGAACUUUAUUCAAAUUAAACUAUUGAAAAGUAGGUGAAUUUUCCUAUCUUUUUACAGUAUUUUAUUUUGUUGUGAGUUCCAUCACAUGUUAAACAUUAAUGACGCUGUUGAGGUGCACUUACUGUGUAUAUUGGAUGAAAUACAGUGAAAUGGUCCUUUAUGUAUCAUUGUGUAAUCAGCGUGAAAUUAUGCAAAUUUCUGUGUUUGGUAGAAACACUACCAGUUUUGUGUCAAUAUAUUGUACCCCUUUGAGGCUGUAUAGCUACUCUGUGUGUGCAGCCUUUCUUGUAAGCAUCUUAAACUGCGCUGAAUGUGUUUUAUUGAGAACUUUACACUGACAUUUUAUGCUUUUAAUUUUGUUGAGACUUUACACAAAAGUUGUUUUAUAAACCCAAAUAUUUGCAUGUACAAAAUUUUAUGAUUCUUUAGUAAUAUUUAUGUUAACAGACAUGUCUUCUUGGAACACCAUUGAGUUUGCUGUAAACCACAUGAAUGAGACUAUAGAAAUAUUUGGUGUAUAAAAAUUAGAAUGUUAUUAUCACUGAA